AUGGAACACUUACCCGACGUCCAGAAGCUGCUGUACUUGAAGUCGAGUUUGACCGGAGAGGCUGCAGACGUCAUCCAAAACACUCCGAUAACUGAAUCUGGUUACCGAGGGGCAUGGGAGGAUCUGGAAUUGCGCUACGGGAAUCCACGCCUACUGUCCUUUGCCCAUCAUCGCGCACUGCUAACCUGCCCGCCAGCCCAGAAACAGUCGAUGGCUGAACUUAAGCGCCUCCUGGACACCUUCCGUCAGGCGAUCCGGGCCUAUGGAGCCUUGCGGAAGCCGGUCGCAUCCUGGGACGAAUGGUUCGUCUAUCUCCUGACGCAGAAACUCGACAAGGAUACGCACUUGGCUUGGGAAACUUCGUUGGCGAACAGCAAGGAAAUCCCAGCCUUUCAUCAGCUCGCCGCUUUUCUCGAGAACCAGAUCCAGGCCCUGGACGCUGCCCAGCUCGGCGAUCCGGUUCUCCACCCUGCGGGAUCGAAGAGCGUAAAGGACGCCAAGCCUAAAAUAAAGGAAGAGGCGAUAAAAAAGAGGAACACUACGACGGUACUGACCGCAGCCGUUAAAUCUACGCAACCUAGGAAGUGCCCCUCUUGCUCGGGCAAUCAUUCCCUGGGCUACUGCUAUAAGUUCAAGGCAUUGGCCCCCUUGAAGCGCAAGGAGAAGGCGCAGAGUCUCAAGGCAUGCUUCAAUUGCCUAAUGGUGGGUCAUGAUUCGAGUAAGUGCCCCUCUAAACAAUCUUGCUUAGCUUGCAGUGGACGUCAUCACACUCUGCUUCACGACGCGCUCAAGACAACGUCGUCAUCCAGCAAACACGGCUCUAUGGAGGCGAUGCCGACGGGAUCUUCAUCUUCGCUUCCGGAAGAACCCUGCUCAGCGACUUCGCUCUCCUUGACGGCCGGACCACGCUCAGCCGCUCUAUUAGCAACAGCCAAGGUGAAAUUGGAGGCACCAUCAGGCGAAGCCCUUGAAGUCCGAGCGCUGCUGGACACGGGCUCCGACGCUUCGCUUGUCUCCUCUUGGGUGGUUCAGGCCCUUCGUUUGCCACGGCGGGCGGUAAGAGUUGCCAUCUCCGGCGUCCAAGAAAACCAGAACGGGGUCUCUACAGGCGAGGUCUCCUUGGUAGUACGACCCCGCCAUCCGUCCGGCUUCCGUUUGCCGGUUCGGGCCUUGGUGUUGCGGAAACUAACGUCUUUGUUGCCAGCCCAUCGAGUCACCCCACAACCUUGGCCACACCUGAAGGGUCUUCCGUUAGCGGAUCCAGAAUAUGGCGUGCCGGCUCGCGUGGACCUCAUCCUGGGAGCAGAUGUCUGUGGAGCUCUCUUCGCGGACGGCACUCGAACGGGAUCACCAGGAACGCCCACGGCGAAGCUUACACCCUUCGGCUGGGUCCUUAUGGGAACCACAUCUUCCGCCACAGCUCAAGAGGAGGCGCAUACCUUCCACUGCCGAACCGAAGCUAACAUCGGUCCGCUGCUCCAGCGUUUCUGGGAGCUAGAGGAAGUCCACGACCGCCCCCCAAUGUCGGAAGAAGAGGAGAAGUGCGAACGGCACUUCAAGGGGACCCAUGCACGAAACAAAAAUGGACGCUAUGUGGUACGCCUACCUUUCGUACGGGAGCCUGCCGCUUCGCUGAAGCCUUCCAGGACAUCCGCGCUGAAGCUCCUGCUCAAUUGCGAACGCCGAUUAGCCUCGAACCACGCAUUAAAGGAUAAGUACGGCAAAUUCCUGGAAGAAUACCUGUCGCUGCAGCACAUGAAGGCAGUCCCGGAAACGGCCAAGGAGGAAUCGGCGUAUUAUCUCCCGCAUCAUGCGGUCGUCAAGCGGCACGACCCUACGGCAAAACUACGGGUCGUCUUCAAUGCCUCCUUCCGAACCGCUUCAGGAUACUCGCUUAAUGAUUGUUUGUCCGCAGGGCCGAAGCUCCAAGCAGACCUCUGGAUGGUCUUGACACGGUGGCGUAUCUUCAAGGUCGUUUUCACUACAGACGUGGUGAAAAUGUUCCGUCAGAUCCAGGUUCAUCCGGAGGACACGAAAUGGCAACGGAUUCUUUGGCGAACUGGUCCGGAUGAAAGAGUGCAGGACUUUCAACUCACCACCGUAACCUAUGGAACAGCCUGUGCGCCCUUCUUGGCCUUGAGGGUGCUCAACCAGCUGGCGGAGGAUGAAGGGGACCGGUUGCCACUGGGAGCGGCCGCCAUUCGCCGGCACACUUACGUCGACGAUAUCCUUGCUGGAGCAGACGACGUCGACGAAGCCCUGCAAGUAAAAGGCCAGGUCAUUCAGAUCUUCCAGGCUGGCGGAUUUAACCUGAGCAAGUGGGCGUCGAACGUACCAGAGUUAAGGGAGAACGGCGCCUCCGACCAGCACCUCUUCCAGGAAUGGCCAGGAAUCGCCACGUUAGGGGUCAACUGGGAUCCGACAACCGACUCCUUCUCGCUUCGGGUCGCGCCUCAGGCGGACUCCCCACCGGCAUCAACGAAGCGGUCCAUACUCUCCGAGGUCGCCAGCCUUUUCGACCCCUUGGGUUGGGUGGCCCCGGUGCUGGUCACCGCAAAAAUCCUGAUGCAGGAUCUCUGGAUCUUGGGCGCCGACUGGGAUCAAACUCUUCCUGAGGACAUCCAAACACGUUGGCAGACCUUCAGGCACUCACUGGACCAGCUGGAGGCUAUCACCAUACCACGCUGGAUCUUCACUUCUUCCAAAAGCCAACCAAACCUGGAGCUUCACGGCUUCUGUGAUGCCUCCCAACGGGCGUACGCAGCGGCGGUCUACCUGCGAGUUGAACACGAAGGCCAGGUCAGAACUUCGCUGGUGGUGGCCAAAACCAAGGUGGCCCCGGUCAAAACCGCAACCAUCCCGAGACUUGAGCUGUGUGGCGCCUCUUUGCUGUCCAAACUAAUGGUUCGGGUCAAGGAGGGACUCGACCUACCUGUCAGGAUGCAGGCGUGGACAGAUUCCAGCGUCUGCCUAUACUGGAUCCGAGGACACGCCUCACAGUGGAAGCCUUUCGUAGCCCAUCGGGUCUCCGACAUCCAGUCCGAGCUUCCACCCGACUUUUGGAGACACGUGGCAUCAUCGGACAACCCGGCAGAUCUGGCCACACGAGGGAUCUCUCCAGCUGACCUCUUGAGGGCCGAACUCUGGUGGCAAGGACCUUCCUGGCUCUCUAAAUCAUCCAACCAGUGGCCAGCCGAAUGCCUGAAAAAAAGCGAGACCACGGACUUGGAACAACGCAAGGUCACAGUACAUCUUGCCGUGGAGGACAACUCGGAUGAGCUCCUUACCAGGUAUUCCUCGCUCUCCCGGCUUCUAACGGUACUAGCCUACUGCUUUAGGUUCAGCAACCUCGCCCGGAAAAGACCGUGCGAAAGCGGCUUCAUCAAGGCGGAAGAACGCGCCUCCGCCCUCCGAGCCGCUCUUCGGGUCUCGCAGCAAGCCUACUUUGGGGAAGAACUAAGCCAUCUUCAGGGACAUAGAGAGCUGAAGAGGUCUUCGCCACUGGCAUCCCUAAGGCCCUUCCUAGAUGAACAAGGUCUACUCAGAGUGGGAGGACGACUGGCCAACGCUCUACUACCGUUUGACGAAAGGCAUCCUUACCUUGUAUCGAGGAAUUGCCCCCUGGCAACGCUAUUAGUAAGGGACGCCCACCUACGCACUCUCCAUGGCGGACCGCAGCUGACCAGAAGCCACAUGGUCCGUCAGUUUUGGAUCCUGCGUGGGAGAUCUCUGGUUCGGGCUGAAAUCAAAAAAUGCGUCAAAUGUGCUCGUUUCAGCGGACGGGCAGGCGGUCAACUCAUGGGCCAUCUUCCUAACACCCGCACAGCCCCACAACGAGCCUUCUUGACCACUGGAGUGGACUACGCCGGACCAGUCAAAAUACGUACCACAGCGGGGCGUGGUCACAAGUCCUAUAAGGGCUACGUCGCACUCUUCGUCUGCUUAAGCACCCGGGCACUCCACCUCGAAGCAGUCUCGGAUCUAACCUCGUCUGCUUUCCUUGCAGCUUUCAAGCGUUUUACCAGCCGACGAGGCCGUUGCGCUACCAUGCUCAGCGACAACGGCACGACCUUCCAGGGAGCCGACCGAGAACUUCGUUCGCUGUUUCAACAGGCCUCGAACUUCUACCAAGAAGCGGCCUCCCUGCUGGCCAAGGACGGGACCAGCUGGCGCUUUAUUCCGCCCUACGCACCGCACUUCGGGGGCCUGUGGGAAGCAGGCGUUAAAUCAGUAAAACACCACCUUCGAAGAAUAAUGGGGGACUCUACACUCACCUACGAGGAGCUCUCCACACUUCUUUGCCAAAUAGAGGCAUGCGUCAACUCAAGGCCUCUCUUCGCUCUUUCGGACGACCCCUCGGAAUUGGCUGCCCUGACGCCCGGCCAUUUUCUCAUCGGGGAAACGCCCAGCUCCGUUCCCGAACCUGAGGCUUCCAGCACAACGCACAACACUUCACUCAGCGGACGUUGGAGACAGCUAAACCUCAUGCGGGCACAAUUCUGGCACCGGUGGAGGCGCGAGUACCUUCAGCACCUCCAACGACUCCCGAAGUGGCGCCGACACCGACCAAAUCUCGAGGUGGGAAAUCUUGUCUUAAUCCGCGACGAACUAAUGCCCCCGGCAAAAUGGCCGUUGGGACGCGUUGAGGCCCUUCACCCAGGAAAAGAUGGGCAAGUAAGGGUGGUCACUAUACGCACGAAAGGAGGCACAGUACUUCGGCCAAUCGUAAAGAUUUGCCCCCUCCCGGUUCCGCCGUCCGACGCCACCUAA